AUGCCUUCAUCGUCCGAUACUAAUAAAAGGUUGAAGAAAGGAACAUUAUGGUCAAAAGAAGAGGAUGAAAUAUUAAAAGCAUAUGUUGAAAAACAUGGAACCGGAAAUUGGAAAGAGGUAUCAAAGAACACGGGACUUGCACACUGUGGAAACAGUUGCCGUUUUAGAUGGUAUAAUACUCUACGACCUGAUUUAAGAAAGGGUCCAUUUAGCAAAGAAGAAGAAGAAAAAUUCUUUGAGUUAUUUUCUAAGUUUGGUGAGUUCAAAUGGUCUAAGAUGGCUCUCGAGAUGCCUGGAAGAACCGAUAAUGACAUCAAGAACUUUUGGAACGCAAGAAAAAGAAAACAUCAAAGACAUUGCUUGUCACCCUUCCCUGACAACAACAUGGAACUGGUUGAUGGUUUGAAUAGUAGUAAUGGAAAAAGAAUAAGGAAUUCACAAGAAAACAAAUUUAAGAUACCAGAAGUAAUUAAAUUUGGUAAUCAAAUUCUGCAUACAAACUUAUUUGAUGAUUCAAAUAUGUUCUUCAAUAAUGUGGGAAGUACUUCUACAUGCAAUCAUACUACUUCUACAUUGAUUGAUAGGGAUGGCGUUGGAACUUCUACUAUAUCCAUUCCAAAUAUGGGCUAUCCUCAGAAUCCACAACCUAUGGAGACUCAAUAUCAGUUGUCACAAUCAAUUUCUCCAUAUAAAAGUGGUUCAUUGGAGUCUAUGUUAUAUACACAAGAGAAUUGGGAAAGCUUGGAUACUAUUCGCAUGCACUUUGAGACAAAUUUGGUUGAUGAGAAAGGGAAGAAGCAAAUUUCUUCGGAGAGCGAUGUUGAAGUAAACCAUGACGACAUAAUGAAUCCGGAACUUUGGGAUGACAUGUUCAGCACAUUAGUGAAUGACGAUGACAAUAACUUGCAUGACAAGCUUCCAUACGAUGUUAGUGAUGCCUUAGACACUUGCAUGGCAAUGCAGUCAGAUCUGCCUCCACUCCCACUACCUAUGGAGACUCAACAUCAGAUGUCAGAGAUAAAUAACUGGAAGAAGGCAAUUGCUUUGGAGGAAGGUGUUGAUGAAAACCAGAUCAUUUUCUUUGAGGAUUACUUAUACGGUUAUUUGGUUUGA